AUGGAAAAUUUCACUAAUUUGAGGAAACUGGUGAUCCAUCACAAAUUUAAAAAUUUUAUCUUGUUAAAUUUAGUUGGAAUCGAUUUGGGUUUAACAUAUUCCUCGUUGGAGUUUGGAAAUAUGAUCGAAUUGGAAAUUAUUACUAAUGACCAGGGUCAUCAUACGACGCCUUCGUAUGUCACUUUCAUCGAAACAGAACGUCUUAAUGGUGAUGCUACAAAAAUCAAGUUACUAAUUAAAGUUAUCGAAAAGAAUGGAAAGCUAUAUAUCCAAGUCAGAUUCAAAGGUGAAAAGAAAGAUUUCACACCCAAAGAAAUUUCUUUUAUGAUCUUAGUAAAUUUAAAGGAAACCGCAGAAGCUUACCUUGGUACAAAAGUUAAUAAUGCUAUUCUGGUAAAAUCACUGUUUGAAGGUGGUAGUUCUUUCGAUAUUUCACUUUUAACUAUAGAAGAAGGAAUUUUUGAAGUAAAAGCCGUUGCUAGUGCUUUCCGUCGAUUAAGGACAGCUUGUGAACGUGCAAAGCGUGAACUUUCUUCAUCAUCAAAAGUUUCCAUAGAAACAGAUUCACUUUUAAAAUAUAUCGAUUUUUAUACCUUCUUAACACGUACAAAAUUUGAAGAAAUUAAAUCAAGACUUAUUCAAUCUACAAUGGAAAUCGUUGAAAAAGUACUUCGAGAUUCUAAAUUAGACAAAAAUCAAAUUCAUGAAAUUGUUCUAGUUGGUGGUUUCAAUACAUAUUCCUAA